AUGUCAACGUCUCAUCCUCAGCAACGCCUAGGAGGCAUGUCUGAGUUCAACACAAAGAGCGACAACAUUAGGUCGUACUUCGAGAGGUUUGAAAGUUUUGUUGACAUCAGCGAAGUACCCGCGGCGAAAAAGCUGAAGUUGUUCUUGAACGUGGUGGGUGGUCAGGCUUACGAAAAGCUCAAGCAAAUUCUAGUUCCACAGAAGCCCACCGACAAAACUUUCGAGCACGUGCGGGAGUUGCUAGAAGACCACUUCAGUCCGGAGUAUUCCGUAAUUGCCGAACGCUGCAAAUUCAACAGGCGAAUGCAACAAGAAGGUGAAAGCGUGAAGGAUUUUAUGACAGAAUUGAAGCACCUAGCACGCAACUGUGAAUUCAAGGCAUUUCUGAAUGAAGCUUUGAGAGACCGCCUGGUAGCAGGCUUACGCGACGAAGAGACUCAGAGAAUAUUGUUUGCUACGGAGGGUCUGACUUUUGAAGGCGCAUGUAAAAUAGCUCUUGAAAAGGAACUCGCAUCGCGGCAAACCAGCGCGCUGCGUACAGUAGAAGCGAGACCGACAGAAGUUCACGCUAUCAGCGGCAGCACAUGCGGAAAAACGCGAACGUCACGAUCAAAGAACAAAGAAAAAGAAAACAAACGGGAAACGCACGCGUCACGAUUAAAGAAGGAAGGCGUAUCAAAGACGAAUCGCGGUUGUUAUCGCUGUGGGAAAGGACACGUGCCUGACCGAUGCUGGUAUCGAAAUACGAAAUGCCGGGCGUGCGCAAAGACGGGACCUUUGGAAGUAAUGUGCCAGGAAAAGAACCAGCGUCCGAUAAUCUAUGUUGAUACGUCAGACGAUGACUCCGAAACAUCGCAAGUUUAUCACGUCGUGCUCAUAAAGUUAUUAUAA